AUGGGCUGGAGUAACCACAGCACUGUGAAAGAAUUUAUCUUCCUGGAGCUCACCCAUUUCCGGGAGCUGGAGUUUUUCUUGUUUGCAGUCUUCUUUGCUGUGUAUGUAACAACAGUACUGGGCAAUGCCCUCAUUGUGGUGACCAUCACCUGUGAGUCCCACCUCCACACUCCUAUGUACUUCCUCCUGAGGAACAAGUCAGUGCUGGACAUUGUUUUUUCAUCUAUCACUGUUCCCAAAUUCCUAGUGGAUCUCUUAUCAGAAAGGAAAACCAUCUCCUACAAUGGCUGCCUGGCCCAGAUCUUUUUCUUCCACUUUGCUGGUGGGGCGGAUAUUUUUUUCCUUUCUGUGAUGGCCUAUGAUAGAUACCUUGCAAUCUCCAAACCGCUGCAUUACGUAACUAUUAUGAGACGUGAGGUAUGGUUGACCUUGGUGGUGGCUUCCUGGGUAGGGGGUGGCUUGCAUUCCAUUGUCCAGAUAGCCCUGAUGCUUCCACUUCCCUUCUGUGGUCCGAAUAUCCUGGAUGCCUUCUACUGCGAUGUGCCCCAAGUGGUUAAGCUGGCUUGCACGGACACCUUUGCUCUGGAGCUUCUCAUGAUCUCUAACAAUGGGCUGGUGACCCUGCUGUGGUUCCUCCUGCUCCUGGGGUCCUACACGGUCAUUCUGGUCAUGCUGAGAUCUCACUCUGGGGAGGGUCGCAAAAAAGCCCUCUCCACCUGCACCUCCCACAUCCUGGUGGUGACUCUCCACUUUGUGCCCUGCGUUUACAUCUACUGCCGGCCCUUCACGACGCUGCCCAUGGACACUGCCGUGUCCAUCAACAACACAGUCAUUACCCCCAUGCUGAACCCCAUGAUCUACACCCUGAGGAACCAGGAAAUGAAGUCAGCCAUGAGGAGACUGCAGAGAAAGCUGGGUCCUUCUAACAAUAGUAAGCAGGGGUGA